AUGCACGGGAAAAAGGAGCAAGAAGAGUAUAUAAGGAAAGGGCCAUGGAAAGCAGAAGAAGACGAGGUUCUACUGAACCAUGUGAAGAAGUAUGGUCCCAGAGAUUGGAGCUCCAUUCGAUCCAAGGGUCUUCUUCAAAGAACUGGCAAGUCCUGUCGUCUUCGUUGGGUCAAUAAGCUUCGACCAAACCUCAAGAAUGGUUGCAAGUUUUCACUUGAGGAAGAGAGGAUUGUGAUAGAGUUGCAGGCACAAUUUGGGAACAGGUGGGCUAAGAUUGCAUCCUUUUUGACAGGGAGAACAGACAAUGAUGUGAAAAAUUUCUGGAGCAGUAGGCAAAAGAGGUUGGCCAGGAUUCUGCAGACAUCAGGAACAACUUCCAAAUCACAGAAGAGCAAAACAAAAGUUCCUACCCUUCUUGAUGUUCCAGUUUUCGAGGCUCCAAAGUUCAGUUCUUCAUCUGAGGGAGAGUCAUCAUCAAAACCUCAGUCAUGCUCACUACCCUUGAUUGAGAAUUCUGAGGUUAUCAAAAUGGUAUCUUUGCCAGAUCUCAUAAAGUCUGAGUUACCUAGUUCUGACCCAAUCCAUGUCGAACAAGAUUUUACCCUUUUUGAGAGCUAUAACAGUAGUGAGCAGACUCAACAGAUUUCCUUUCCUCAGAUUCCAGAACUCCAAAAUGAUCUCACAUUCCCAAUGGGAAGCCAAGAUGUCUUAGCCAGAAUCGAUGAACCAUAUUUCGUUGAAGACUUUUUUGCUCUUGAUGAUGCAUCUGAGUUUGGAAUAGAUCUGCAGCACCCCUUUGGAUUCCCUUUCUUCGAGCCACCAGGAAGUUGCAGAAUUGAGACAAGGGACACCGUUGAUAAGUUCAAAAGCAGUGACAGCUUCUUCGAUGACUUCCCUAUGGACAUGUUUGAUAACAUGGACCCACCUCCAAGCCCUUCUUCAAACUUAUUAUGACUUUUGUGGACAUUGUCGUUUAUUCCAUGUGUUGUUGUGUUUCUGUCAUGUAACUGCAGGCUAAUAGUUAUUAACUUGGUCAUGCAUUGGUAUUUGAAAUUGUUGAUACUGAUGUCAUUCAUAGGAUAACCAAAAACAGACAUUGCAUUUGUCCAUCUUUCUGACGGCCACAUUGUUCUA